AUGGCUAGUUUCCGAUUCAACAUUCCGGAUUUCACCAAAGUACUUCUGCUGAUCGACAUCGCAAUAUGCGUCCUCUACACGCUCGCGCGACUGAGGCCUUUCUCGAAUGAAGCCGGCACGCACGCGUCCGAUGUCCCAUACCUUGCGCUUGUUCCGGCGAAAGUCGUCUACUAUCCAUGGACUCUUUUGACCACCACCUUCGUUGAACAGAACCUGUUCAACUUCCUCAUCAAUAUCGCGACAGUCCUUUUCGGCGGUCGAUACUUUGAAAGAGCAUGGGGAAGUCGGGGCUUUGCGAUGACCGUGCUCGUCACCUCACUCAUACCAAAUAUCCUUAUCGCACCGCUAUACUGGGCAUGGGGCGCCAUCAUGGGAAAUCCAGAUCGCCAGUUGACGCCGUGCACGGGAAGCAUCACACUGCAAGCGGCGUUCAUCGUAGCGUUCAAGCAACUUGUCCCUGAACAUACUAUCAGCAUUUAUAAGGGCAUGAUCAAAUUCCGAGUCAAGCACUUCCCAGCCAUAUUUCUUCUACUCAACACCGGUUCAGGGCUUGUCCUCGGCACUGACACAGCCUUGGUCUUCGCCUGGCUCGGUUUCCUCACAUCCUGGAUCUAUCUACGUUUCUACAAAAAGCAGCCAGACCUGACCGGCACCAGCACGAAUAUGAAAGGAGAUGCCAGCGAAACCUUUGCAUUUGCGACGUUCUUUCCAAAUGUCAUGCAGCCACCAAUUGCUGGCCUGACGGACAAGAUCUUUGAGUUACUGUGUACGAUCAAGCUCUGCACACCCUUCUCGGAUGAAGCAAUAGAGUUGUCAAACCAACAUGCGGCGAAUAGAGGCGACGCAGGAUUACCGACCUUUGUCAGACAGCCACGAGCCGGUAUGGGCAUGAGCAAAAGAGAGGAAGCAGAGCGGCGACGAGCUCUGGCAUUGCGUGCACUUGACCAGAGGCUGAACGCGGCGCCUAGUCAGGCAAAGCCACCGGUCUCGGUCACGCCGUCUCUCGCUGCUGGCGCUGAUCAGCAAGCCCUGGGACAGACGGACUACAAGCCGGAUGACCACUAG